GUCUCCCUCUCUCCCCCUCUCUCAGUAUAUGACCACUGAGUAUAUGAUAUGAGUCAGUGGUGCUGACGACAGUGGGACACUGACUGUGUCUCAGAGUCCUCUCCUCCCCUGCCGGACUGAGUAUCCCAGGCUACAUGACAGGCAGCACCUCUUUUAUUCACACAAGCAGCCCAGGAGGCCGGCCUGGUCGGGGCCGGGGCUGGUAGAGGGGGCAGGGCUAUGGUAUGGUAAUGUGCUCAGAGGAAGUGAGCGCAGGGUAGUGGAAUGCUGCUGAGAUUAGUAGGACUGACUGACUGCCUGGGAGUUGAGCUGGCUGAUCAAGGCUGGCAGGACAGCGCUAACCGCUAGCUGCUGAAAGCCUUUCCGGAGAUACUGGGGAUUAUUAGCAUCAGGGCCUAACCAGCGGAUGAAAACAUGCCCCAUUUCACAGUGGUACCGGUGGAGGACAGCGCUACGUCCAACUAUGACAGUUUGGAAGGAAUUAACUGGGUGGACUACAGAGACACAGGACAGGGGGGACACCCUGGACAUCUAGACACUGUCAGCUCUGAUGGCCAUGGAAAUCACAUGGAGGAUAGUCCUUUCCUCAGCAGUGGAGAUGCUGACAGGAAGACUGAUUUCUAUGACAGGAACCUGGCCUUAUUUGAGGAGGAGUUGGACAUCCGUCCCAAGGUGUCAUCCCUCCUCAGCCGGCUGGUCAACUACACCAACAUUACCCAGGGGGCCAGGGAGCACGAGGAGGCCGAGAACACAGAGACGUCACGCAGGAAGGCCCCAAAGUCCCCCAACAUGGGUACCCUGAUGGGAGUCUACCUGCCCUGUCUACAGAACAUCUUUGGUGUCAUCCUGUUCCUUCGUCUAACGUGGAUCGUGGGCACAGCCGGCAUCGUCCAGUCAUUCCUCAUCGUCCUCAUGUGCUGCUCAUGUGUUAGUACACAGUGCUGUGAAAAAACAAUGCUCACUGCCAUAUCCAUGAGUGCCAUAGCUACAAAUGGUGUUGUCCCAGCCGGAGGGGCGUACUUCAUGAUCUCUCGUUCCCUGGGUGCUGAGUUUGGGGGGGCUGUAGGAAUCUGUUUCUACCUGGGAACAACCUUCGCUGCUGCCAUGUACAUACUGGGAGCUAUAGAGAUCUUCCUGAAAUACCUGGUUCCCCAGGCAGCCAUCUUCCACGCCAGCGACCACCACGGGGGCGACAGUGCCAUCCUCAACAACAUGAGGGUGUACGGCACCAUCUGUCUCAGCCUCAUGGCCGUGGUGGUCUUUGUGGGGGUGAAAUACGUCAACAAGCUGGCCUCUCUCUUCCUGGCCUGUGUCAUCAUCUCUAUCGUCUCCAUCUACGCCGGGGCCAUUAAGUCCGUUUUCCAACCGCCCGACUUCUCGAUCUGUAUGUUGGGUAACAGGACAUUGGUGAGAGAUCAGUUUGACGUGUGUGGUAAGACGGUUCUAGAGGGCAAUGUGACUGUACCUAGUCAGCUGUGGAGGAACUUCUGUAGCUCUGGCAACAUGAGUAGUCCUCAAUGUGACGACUACUUCAACCAGAACAACGUUACAGAGAUACAGGGAAUACCAGGACUGGCCAGCGGCAUCAUCAGAGAUAACAUGUGGGGAGACUACCUGGAGAAGGGUCAGAUCUUGGAGAAGGCAGGUCUGCCCUCAGUAGACGUCCACGGGGCUGUGGAGAGCUUCGGCCUGUACGUCUCAGCUGACAUCGCUACCUCCUUCACCCUCCUGGUGGGAAUCUUCUUUCCCUCCGCCACAGGUAUCAUGGCAGGCUCCAACAGAUCAGGAGAUCUGAAGGAUGCUCAGAAGUCCAUCCCUAUUGGAACCAUCUUGGCUAUAACCACUACUACCCUUGUCUAUUUCAGCUCUGUGGUUCUGUUUGGGGCCUGUAUUGAAGGAGCGGUCCUAAGGGACAAGUUUGGGGAUGCAGUCAGUAAGAACCUGGUUGUGGGGACUCUGUCCUGGCCCUCCCCCUGGGUCAUCGUGAUUGGCUCCUUCUUCUCCACCGUGGGGGCGGGACUACAGUCCCUGACCGGCGCCCCUCGUCUCCUACAGGCCAUCGCCAAGGACAACAUCAUCCCCUUCCUCAGGGUGUUUGGUCAUGGCAAGGCCAAUGGGGAGCCAACCUGGGCACUGUUACUGACAGGGCUCAUCGCUGAGCUGGGCAUCCUCAUAGCCUCUUUGGACAUGGUGGCCCCCAUUCUCUCCAUGUUCUUCUUGAUGUGCUAUCUGUUUGUGAACUUAGCCUGUGCUGUGCAGACUUUACUACGGACACCCAAUUGGAGGCCUAGGUUUAAAUAUUACCACUGGGCUCUGUCUUUUCUGGGUAUGAGUAUGUGUCUGGCUCUGAUGUUCAUCUCCUCCUGGUAUUAUGCCAUCGUGGCCAUGUGCAUCGCUGGCAUGAUCUACAAGUACAUUGAGUACCAGGGAGCGGAGAAGGAGUGGGGAGAUGGGAUACGAGGUUUGUCCCUCAGUGCUGCGCGCUACUCUCUGCUACGGCUGGAGCAUGGACCACCUCACACUAAAAACUGGAGGCCCCAGGUCCUGGUGCUGUUGAAGCUGGAUGAGGACCUCCAUGUGAAGUAUCCCCGUCUGUUGACCUUUGUCUCCCAGCUGAAGGCAGGGAAGGGCCUGACCAUAGUGGGCUCUGUCAUCCAGGGACAGUUCCUGGACAGCUACGGAGAAACACAGGCCUCUGAACAGGCCGUAAAGAACAUGAUGGAGAUCGAGCGGGUGAAGGGAUUCUGCCAGGUGGUUGUGGCGUCCAAGGUGAGGGAGGGCAUUGCCCACCUGAUCCAGUCAUGUGGCCUGGGGGGCAUGAAGCACAACACAGUGGUGAUGGGAUGGCCCUACGGAUGGAGGCAAAGUGAAGACCCUCGCGCAUGGAAGACAUUCAUUAAUACAGUCCGCUGUACCACAGCAGCCCACCUGGCUCUGAUGGUGCCCAAGAACGUUUCCUUCUACCCCAGCAACCACGAACGCUUCACAGACGGCACCAUCGAUGUGUGGUGGAUCGUCCAUGACGGAGGAAUGCUCAUGCUGCUACCUUUCCUGCUCAAACAGCACAAGGUUUGGAGGAAGUGUAAGAUGCGUAUCUUCACUGUGGCCCAGAUGGAUGACAACAGUAUUCAGAUGAAGAAGGACCUGGCUACGUUCCUGUACCAGCUGAGAAUAGAGGCAGAGGUGGAGGUGGUGGAAAUGCAUGACAGCGACAUCUCGGCCUACACGUAUGAGAGGACUCUGAUGAUGGAGCAGAGGUCUCAGAUGCUCAGACAGAUGAGGCUGUCCAGCGCAGAGAGAGAAAGAGAGGCCCAGCUGGUAAAGGACAGACACUCUCUGAUCCGUAUGGGCAGCCUGUACUCAGACGAGGAGGAUGAGGUGGUGGAGCCUGUAGCUGAUAAGAUCCAGAUGACCUGGACCAAGGAGAAGUACGAGGCAGAGAGGAGGAACAGGAACAACGCACCAGAGAACUUCAGAGAACUCAUGAGCCUCAAACCGGACCAGUCCAAUGUGCGGCGGAUGCACACGGCAGUGAAGCUGAACGAGGUGAUCGUCAACAAGUCCCAUGAUGCUCGUCUGGUGCUGCUCAACAUGCCGGGGCCGCCACGCAACACAGACGGAGACGAGAACUGUAUCCUUCACUAACAGCCGCUCUCAUUGUACUGGACAACACUGGUCUUAGAGAUAUGGAGUUUCUGGAGGUGCUGACGGAAGGUCUGGAGAGAGUGCUGCUGGUGAGAGGAGGAGGCCGAGAGGUUAUCACUAUCUACUCCUGACCUAUCAGAAACCACUCGGCUCACAGGUCACGACACUGCCUCGACAGGAGACAUUCCACCCCGACCACCGGGGGCACUGCAGCACCGGUAGCAGCAUCCAGCCGAUCCUCAACAUACAGUACAUACAAACUGAGCCAAUUAAUGAUGGAAUUAAGAGGACUUUUAUUGUGGAAUUUGAGGACCACAGAAAGCAAUAAUAAUUUGCCUGGCAUUUCUGCGGAAUGUAUUGCCUUCCAUGAGGACAGUAACCUUUAAAGAUGACAUGCUAUAAUUCCCUCAUGAAUCCCUUAUUGCCAAGGCAACUAAAGCUUGGGUCAUUCACAAACCUAUUUCUGCAAUAGGAGACCAUUAACAACUGCUACUUUUACACAUACACAUAAUUUUCUAUGUCGACUGAGUCAGUAUUUUUGUAUUGUUUGCAGCAAAGAAAUGAUGGUGGGCUUUCCCUCAUCAAGGAUUAGCUUUCCAGAUAGCACAGUCUUGGGUGGUCCGUAUGAAGGCCUCUGUGUUGAGUGCCAAUUUGAGUUAUUUUUUCACAACCUUUUUAUGGUUGGUGGAAUAAUAACUUUUGUAUUUAUUUUCUUAUUUAUUUUCAGAACCUUCCCCCGAUGAGGAUAAGAUUUUUCGGAUUGUAGAUAAUGAAAUGCUAGUUGGGGUAUUUCAACAGAUGGCGCAGAGAGUGCUUGUACAUGUGGAUGCCAGAGAUUGUAUUGAAACAUUAUUUUACUGGAUUAUGAUUUGUAAUUGUUGAAAGAGAAGAGGUUUUAAAUCAUUGACAAUUAUACAUUACAUGUAAUCUGCUCUUUCUGUACAAAAGUCAUUAUUAUAGGCAUGAAGACUACUUUCAGGGCCACCUGAACAGAGUAGCAUAUGCACGCAUUUCCUUUUCUUUAAUGUAGACUGCAAGAGCUUUAAAGGCGAAGAGUAUUUUUCUGAACUUAGCAAUAAAAUCAUGAUUAAUUUCCCUAUUCAACCAGAAUUGAACUAUCUUGACUUCAGAUAUAUCAAUGUGUUCAUAAAAUAAGAUGGUAGAAAUACAGAAACCUCAAAGCAUUAUUUACUUAAGAGAAAGGCAAAAUAAAAACGAUAUAACCUAUGAAUACAGAAUACAACAUUCCUGAGAUGACUGUAGGAGGCAUUACAGUAUAUUAACAUGUUACAUACUGUUUCACUGUAUACACUUGUGAGGAAAUGUUACAUUAAUGUUAAUUUUAAGAUGAAAUCGUCACUUUCUAUGAAAUAGUUUCAUUGUGAAACUCAAGUUUGUGUGAUGGACAUCAAGGUCUGUGUCCUCAGAAAAAUAAAGAUAGUUUGUAAAUGCCUCA